UCGUUUUCUCACACAGGAUUUUAUUUCCUCUCCUAUUCGAUUUGCUUUCUGAUUGCUUGUUUGACUGAGCGGUGUUUGUGCGAUCAGUGAUGCUUUGUUUGAGGCUGGUUUCGCGAAAAUGACUCCAACUCAUUCGAUGUACCGUAAUUCGGGGGAAUGUUGGGCGGAGUUGCUGCAAAGAGCAGAUGUCGACAAACCCCUCGUAAAGGAGUACGCGAGGAAUUUUGUUGAACACAAGAUCCGGUUAUGUGACGUCCAUGCUCUCACACAUCAACAAUUCCUGGCAUUGGGGGUCUCCGCUAUCGGCGAUGGACUUGCUAUUCAACGAGUCGCAAGUGAAAUCAUUAAAGAGCUCGACGAUGCGAAGCGGAAUCCAGUUGUUGCCCCGAAGGCUCCUGUGCCGAAAACCAAAGAAGGUCCCGUGGUGGCGACGUACAACUCGAUUCGGUUCAAAAUGGAAUCCAGUCCUGGUUCCUCGGACGAUUCCUUGUCUGAAUUGCGAGGACGAUUGCUGCAACCUAAAAACUCUUUGGAUUUCACUCACUUCUUGAUGAUUGCAUUCAUAGCGGAGAGGAGCGGCCUUGUGAAGAUCGGGAUCCUCACGGACAGUCUUCUGUCGCGAACCAAGGUGGGCCACGUGUUCCGAGUGAAACCCGGCCGGGAAAACAGGCCCUUGCUGGACCUGUUGCCGGAAUACGGCGAAUUGCAAAACAAGUCCCACGUGGUGCAAGUGUCCUACACGGGUCUCAAAGCCUACCACCGAUCUGGUGAUAUGGAUCGUCACACUGCCUUUGAAAUGCUCGAGGAGGAAUUCCCGGAUGCCGCCGAUCGUCCGAAAAUCUGUAGAAUUUUCGGUACUUUCCUGUUAUCUCAGUUCCUCAUUCCUAGACCGCACUACCAUCCAGACAAAUCUUUAGGACGAGUUCAUCAUCAUGACGACCUACCAGAGACUGUAAAUUUUAUUUUUCCGCAUUCUGCUGAAACUGAUUUUGGGAGGCAGUUGGGUAAAGUUAGGUUCGUCAUCAUUGGCGUGAACGAUUUGCGGAACUCUCGGGUGCAUUUCUUUCCGGAAAACGCUGACGAUUUCGUGCAUUUCUUCCGGAAAUUGCGGACGUUUUCGACGGCGGACCACAUUUACUGGCUGAGUAUCGGAGCUCUUCAAGACGGGCACGAGAAGAAGUCGUCUAUGGACGCGUGCAGGGACUUUAUUAAACAGUAUCCGUUCCCACCGUGGCUGACGUUUGAGGACCUGAGCAGUGACUGCAAGUCGUCGGACAUUGCGGACGAAUUCGGGCAUUGGAAGAAUGACUACCAGAAGACUAUUGGCAGGCGUAUUUUUGAGAAAAUCAAGACGUACUUGGAGCGACAAUUGGCUGAAGAACCGAAAAACUCGACUGGAAAUUCAACCGUGGCGAAAGCGAAAGUUGUGCCCCUGAGACGAAUUUCCGAUCCCGUGAAAUCCGCUGUGGACGUGAAACCUGUCCGAACCAGUCUCCAGAUGUCGCGGUUGUCUUUUACAACCAAAGAUGAAACGGCUUCUGAACAACCCCCCGGGAAGAAACCCAGACUGUCGCAGGAAACGGAGAAUCUUUUCAAGUCGAAGGUGCGACUCAGUUCUAAAUCGCUCAAGAUGCGAAAGUCGACCAUUUCGGACAACGAAGACGACGAUGAGAGGAAGGCGAAACCGAGCAAGCCGCGAAUAGUGUUCAGUUCUUCCAUUGCUGGCGAUUCUGGCGGGGAGAGGAAAUCGAUCAAGGACCGCCUCGGCAAGAAAUCCUCUUGA